AUGGGCAGCCGUAUCUGCGAAUAUGGCGUCCUGGAUCCGCUGAAGCGCGGCCAGCCCCAGGCCGGAGGUAGUCUGUGUUUGAUCUCACCUGUUCCCCAGGGCGGCAGGCAGCGCAGAGUUAUCUUUGGCCGGGGAGUUGGCAUGGCGUCGAUGGCGGCCGCGGGGUGCACCGCACCGGCCCGGGCUCAAGCGGCAGCGCCUGUGGCGCGAGUGUCAGUUCGCCCCCUGGGCGGCGUGCCGGCCCUCCCAAGGGGUUCCUUUUUGGGUGGUCCCCUGCGGAUGGGACCCAUGGUGGGUGCUUCUGAUACCAGAAUGCCAAAGGUUGCGCUCAAGGUGCAGGCCGUUGCUGGCGAAGUGAUGGUCGAUGUUGAUAAGCCUCUGGGCCUCAGACUGGCUGAGUCAAGGUCAGCAAAUGGAGGGCUCGUUGUGAAGUCUGCUUCAGGCAACGCAGCCAAGGCUGGCAUCAAGAGUGGAGACACAGUCAUUUACACCUCUUCCUACUUUGGUGACGAGCUGUGGCCAGCAGACAACAUCACUUUUUCACGCUCGGCUCUGGCGAGGUGCCCAUCCCCAGUAACCAUCGUCUUUGUCAGGGGGGAGAAUACAGCUGCAAAUGUGAAGCGCCUGCCCAAGAGGAAGGCACCUCCACGUUUUGGACGCAAGCUGAGUCCAGGGCAGCUGGAGUUGGCCACACAUAUUUGUGUUGACUGUGGCUAUGUGUACUGCCAGAGGAAGCCGUUCUCAGAGCUAGACCCAGACUGGCGAUGCCCACAGUGCAAUGCACCCAUCAAGCGAUUUGCAUUGUACGACAAGAAGACUGGGAGAGCGAAAGGAGGGGCGGUGGGAGACGCGGGCACCCUCGCGACGUUGAUUGGCGGACUGGUGGGAGUGGGGAUUUUGGCAUACGUCGGCCUGCAAUUCUAG